UUUUUAAUAAGGGUGGAUUAUUAAUCGCUUGCUGAAGGCGUGCACCCCAGUGAAGCUAGAAAUCCGCAGUGCGUAAAAUAUGUCGUCAAUUUCGUGGGGUCCAAACGCACAGCUAUUUCAUCCCUCCAAUCAUGUUACAUAUUUGUGCAAAUAUGAGAUGUGGCAUAAAGCUAACCACAAAAUGAUAGAGAAAUCAUUAUAGUAAAAUUGAUCCCAUUCUUCACGCACGGUCCCCGGCUCCCCUUUAUGUAAUAAGGGAAAAGAGUUGGAGACUUGCGAAGGGAACAGAUCAAGGACACACAUAUCAAAUAAAUUUGUAUUCCCAUUCAGCUGCUACGACGAGGUUUUAAAAUAGUGAAUAUUAAAUAUUUAAAAUUCUAAACAAGACCUACAUACAUACAUAUAAUGGAACCCCCUGAAAUAGCGGAGUUAUUGGAGUCAAUUUCAUGGAACGAAUUGUUGUUGAAAAACAUAUUCUCCUCGAUGGAUCUGGACACGAUGAAAAGUGUUCGCCUCGUCAAUAAAAAGUGGAACACAGUCGCGGAGAGUAGAUUUAAGGAAAUUAGGCGGGCCCGCGUACACUUAAAGUUCGGGGAUAAUACAGAGAAACAAUGUAACUGUGAAAGAAAACCCUUUCUCAUCUUGAGGUCGGGCAAUGAUAUCCGAACAGCGUUGAGCGAUAAGCUCGCAUCUUUCACACAUUUUAAAUUGGAAGUUACAAUUUCUGGAGAAGAGGAAAAAAUUGAUGAGGAGUAUCAAUGCUUGUCCCAACUUUUACGAGACUUAUCGCGUCCUAACGGAUCGCUAAUUUGUUUCGCCUCGCUGCUCCAUGCGAUUGAUAACAUUCACCAAUCACACGUCCCACUAGCCUCAAUUAUUGACGCUUGCAAUGGAUUUUCUCACUUGGAAAUUAAUCCCAACGGAUUCGUUCCCCCCGAUAUCACCGGACUGCCAAAGCUGAUCUGCAACACGUUACGACUCGAUAGAUCCGCAGUUGCCGAAGACGUUUCCAACUUUUUCACCAAUUUUAAUACGGCAAAAAUUAUCGUUGAGGAUGCAUCUUAUAUCGAUUUGUAUGGAGUUGUACAAGCCAUUGUUCGAUAUGGGGAGCAAUUCGGAAUACUGCAAGAAAUCGAUGUAACGUUUAAUGGCAAAUGUCAUAAACUCGCAGCCCUGGCUGCACUCCGUGGGUUGAAAAGAUUGAGAAUUAGAAUGCAAACUUUACGUCCAUUCGAUUCAAUUGAUUUGUCAAGAGAUAUAAUGUCAGAUUUUCAACAAUGCCUCGCAAAACAUGCCCCGACCAUGGAGGUUUUUAAAGUAGAGUUUAUCAAAAAAAGAGUUUCGGCAUACUAUCGUAAAGUUUAUUCGAUAGAAUUCCCAAAAUUAAGAGAACUUUACUUGGAGACAAAUUUGAACGACCUUGAGGCAAAUUACGUCGAUAUCUUCUUCCUGAGUAAAACUGUCGAAGACAAGACUUUCCGUGAGAUAUUUCCUGCCCUGAAAAAGCUUGAGAUUGUGGAACCGUGCGAGAAAUUUAAUCCAGUUUUGGGUAAACGCAUAAUUUCUGACCUUCGACAAAAAUAUGAUGUUCAAGUUGUGACAAAGUACAAUGAGGUGGCAGAAUGGGACGAGUAAAUACUUGAAAUAUGUUUUAGUUCAAUACCUAAGUAUUUAAAAAUAUGAACUUUUAAGUGUAGCUCUUUUCAUAUCUCUGGUUUCAGUAACUAUGUAUGUAAUUGAAUAAAAUAUGCACAUGCACGCUACAUAUGUUUACACAUUUUUAACAAAUUUUAGUUUUACAUUUUUAUUAAAAUUAUCGGACAGGCGAUUCGCUGGAUUUAUUUUAGUAGGUCAACCUUUAUAUUAGGUAAUGGAAUAAUUAGUGCUGUCUAAAUUGGAGUUCAGUAUAAUUGAUUUUUUCAAGUUUUUACUACAUAUUUUUCAACAUAUUAAAUAUUUACUAAAGGUUACUAUUUGUCCAUUUGUUUGUAGCUGUUACUCAUUAUUGUGCACAUUUCAGAAUGAACACAUUAUGUAUGUAUGUACGUCUGUAUGUAAAAAAAAUGUUAUGCAUAUUAUUAGGAUAUUAUCCAAUAUGUACACAUUAUGACCUUCAACUCUCCAACACAAAUUCGGGGUAUAAAAACCCCGGAGAUUUCCAUGAAAAGGUUUCUCUCUCUUUCUCUUCUCUGGAUACUGAUGGUAGCGAAAUAGCAAAGUAUCCUUUUUGAAAUGUAAGGCAGUUUUAUAAAAAUAUUGAAUUUUACAGAAAAUAAAACAAAAUCAUCUUCCAAAAUUUUGUGUUUUUUUGUUCAUUUAGCAGCCCUGAUUUAAGCAUUGUAAGCAUUCCUGUAGCCUUGCGAUUCAGGGAAGUCAGGGCAUUCUGCGACGCACUGUGUACCCAUGAAGCCAUCGUAAGUGCCAAAAUAUUAUUGGUAAUUGCAUUCGUCGCCAUUAAUGGGAACACCAGGAAGCCCAUUAAGGGCAACGCGGUUCGAAAUUUUAUGCAGACGUACUGCUCCACAAUCUGUAUCCCAGGUAUGCAGAAUAUUAUGCUAGGCACGACCCUAGUCAUGAGAGAAGCGUUCAAAUAUUUCUCCAAUAUUUGAAUCGAACGGUAGAACUUUAUGGCAUCAUUCACUUCAGAUUUAUCCUGGAUGAAUCCA